CGAGAGGCCCGGAUGGAGACGCGGGCCGGCGGCGCGCGGCGCGCUCGGAGGCUGUUCCGGGGCCGGGCCUGGGCCGGGCGCCGUCUUCCGCCGGGGCUGCAACAUGGGCGGCAAGAACAAGAAGCACAAGGCGCCGGGCGCCGCGGCGGUGCGCGCCGCCGUGUCCGCCUCCAGAGCCAAGGCCGCCGAGGCCGGAGCCGCCCCCGAAGCGCAGACCAAGAAACCCGCGGCCAGGCCGCCCGCCGCCGCCGGCCCCCGGGAGCCCCGCGUCAAGCCAGGUCCGAAGAUUUAUAGUUUUAACUCUGCAAAUGAUUCCGGUGGUCCUGCAAAUCUGGAUAAAUCUAUUUUGAAAGUGGUGAUCAAUAACAACCUGGAGCAGAGGGUCAUUGGCGUGAUCAAUGAGCAUAAGAAGCAAAACGAUGACAAGGGGGUGAUUUCCGGGAGACUUACCGCCAAGAAGCUACAGGACCUGUACACGGCGCUGCAGGCGCUCUCCUUCAAGACCUCGGACAUCGAGGACGCCAUGAGCAGCACGCUCCUGCAGGGGGGCGACCUGCACUCCGCCCUGGACUGGCUCUGCCUGAACCUCUCCGACGACUCGCUGCCCGAGGGCUUCAGCCAGGAGUUCGAGGAGCAGCAGCCCAGAAGCAGGCCGAGGUUCCAGCCCCCUCCGGGGCCGGCCGCUGUGCCGCCCCCCGUGCAGCACCCCACAGCCGGCACACCACGGGAGGGCCCCGAGAGCAAGCCAAAAAAGGAAGAAAAAAACUCGGAAGUGAACAUGAAAGAAUGGAUUCUGCGGUACGCUGAACAACAGAACGAAGAAGAAAAGAGCGAGAACUCUGCAAGUGUAGAAGAGGAGGAAAAGUUUGACCCUAACGAGAGGUACCUGCACCUGGGCGCGAAGCUGCUGGAUGCGAAGGAGCAGGCGGCCGCCUUCAAGCUGGAGAAGAACAAGCAGGGGCAGCGGGAGGCCCAGGAGAGGAUCAGGAAACUCCAGCGGGAGAUGGAGGCUUUAGAAGAGCACCCCGUGUUCGAUCCGGCCGUGAAGGUCUCACAGCGGCAGAGCGACCGGAAGAAGCCUCCAGCGGCCACAGGAGGGGAGAGCGCUUUGAACUUCAGUUUGUUUGAGAAGCCGCCAGCUGCUGCCGAAGGAGAGAAAGAGGGGAGGAAGGAAGCCCGUGACGUGCGGAACCUCGACUACACGGCCCGGAGCUGGACCGGAAAGUCCCCCAAGCAGUUCCUCAUCGACUGGGUCAGGAAGAACCUUCCCAAGAGCCCAAACCCUUCCUUUGAGAAAGUUCCAGUAGGUCGGUACUGGAAAUGCAGGGUGAGGGUGGUGAAGGCGGAGGACGACGUGCUGGUGGUGUGCCCCGCCAUCCUGACGGAGGACGGCAUGCAGGCCCAGCACCUGGCGGCCACGCUGGCGCUCUACCGGCUGGUGAAAGGGCAGUCCGUCCACCAGUUACUCCCUCCGACCUACCGGGACGUCUGGCUGGAGUGGAGCGAUGCGGAGAAGAAAAAGGAAGAGCUGAACAAGAUGGAAACCAACAAGCCGCGCGACCUGUUCAUCGCCAGACUCCUGAGCAGAGCGAAGCAGCGGCAGCAGCAGCAGCAGCAGCGGGGGCGGCAGGAGUCCGGGAACAAGAGAGAGGGCUCCGCGGACCCCGAGGGGUCCUGGGAAGACUUGGCUUCCGACGAGGACUUCUCGGCGCCGCCCCCGGGCCCGGAGCAGGCGGAGGACCUGGAGCCCGCCAGAGCGCUCUUCCGGAGGCUGCAGGGCACGCCCAAGUACCAGAGGCUGCUGCAGGAGCGGCGGCGGCUGCCCGUGUUCCGGCACCGGGACGCCAUCGUGCAGGCGCUCGAGAGGCACCGGGUGGUGGUGGUGGCGGGCGACACGGGCAGCGGGAAGAGCACGCAGGUGCCGCACUUCCUGCUGGAGGACCUGCUCCUGGCGGGGCCGGGGGCCGGCAAGUGCAGCAUCGUCUGCACGCAGCCCCGGCGCAUCUCGGCGGUGAGCCUGGCCACCAGGGUGUGUGACGAGCUGGGCUGUGACGGUGGCCCCGGGGGAAGGGAUUCGCUGUGUGGGUACCAGAUCCGGAUGGAGUCCCGGGCCAGCGAGGCCACCCGGCUGCUCUACUGCACCACGGGGGUUCUGCUGCGGAAGCUCCAGGAGGACGGCCUGCUGAGCAGCGUGUCGCACGUCAUCGUGGACGAGGUUCACGAGAGGAGCGUGCAGUCGGACUUCCUGCUGGUCAUCCUGAAGGAGAUCCUGCAGAAGCGCUCCGACCUGCACCUGGUCCUGAUGAGCGCCACCGUGGACAGCGACAAGUUCUCUACGUACUUCACCCACUGCCCCGUGCUCAGGAUCUCAGGGAGGAGUUACCCCGUGGAGGUUUUCCAUCUGGAAGAUAUAAUAGAAGAGACGGGUUUUGUACUGGAGAAGGACUCAGAAUACUGCCAGAAGUACCUGGAGGAGGAGGAGGAAAUAACCAUUCACGUUACCGGCAAAGCAGGGGCAACGCAGAAGUACCAGGAGUACCUCCCGGCCCGGACAGGGGCGGGGGCGGGCUUGGACUCCCGGUACCAGCAGUACAGCGGCCGCACGCAGCACGCGCUUCUGCACAUGAACCCCCAGAAGGUCAACCUGGACCUGGUCGCGGAGCUCCUCGCGUUCUUAGACAGGAGCCCCCGGUUCCGGAGCACCGAAGGGGCAGUGCUGGUCUUCCUGCCCGGCCUCGCCCACAUCCAGCAGCUGUAUGACCUCCUGCUGACAGACCGAAGGUUUUCCUCCGAGCGGUACAAGGUGAUAGCUCUGCAUUCCAUCCUUUCCACCCAAGACCAAGCCGCGGCGUUCACGCUCCCGCCUCCAGGGGUCAGGAAGGUUGUUCUGGCCACGAACAUCGCGGAGACCGGCAUCACCAUUCCAGACGUCGUGUUCGUGGUCGACACGGGCAGGACAAAGGAAAAUAAGUACCACGAGAGCAGUCAGAUGAGCUCCUUGGUGGAGACGUUCGUCAGCAAGGCGAGCGCCCUGCAGCGCCAGGGCCGGGCCGGGCGGGUCCGCGACGGGGUCUGCUUCCGCAUGUACACGAGGGAGAGGUUUGAAGGCUUCCUGGACUACUCUGUCCCCGAAAUCCUGCGUGUGCCGCUGGAGGAGUUGUGUCUUCACAUCAUGAAGUGCAGCCUUGGCCCCCCCGAGGACUUCCUCUCCAAGGCCCUGGACCCUCCGCAGCCUCAGGUGAUCAGCAGCGCGAUGCACCUGCUCCGGAGGAUCGGCGCCUGCGAGCCGAGCGAGCCGAGGCUGACCCCCCUGGGCCAGCACCUCGCGGCGCUGCCCGUGAACGUCAAGAUCGGCAAGAUGCUCAUCUUCGGGGCCGUAUUCGGCUGCCUGGACCCCGUGGCGACGCUCGCGGCGGUCAUGACGGAGAAGUCGCCCUUCACCACCCCGAUCGGGCGGAAAGAGGAGGCGGACCUGGCCAAGGCGGCGCUGGCCGUGGCGGACUCGGACCACCUGACCAUCUACAGGGCGUACCUGGGGUGGAAGAGCGCACGGCAGGAGGGCGGCUACCGCUCCGAGGUGGCGUACUGCCGCCGGCACUUCCUCAGCCGCACCGCCCUGCUGACGCUGGAGGACGUAAAGCAGGAGCUGAUGAAGUUGGUGAGGGCGGCGGGGUUCUCACCUCCCGCCCCUGCUGGCAGCUGGGACGGCCGCAGGGCCGGCCAGGCCCUCUCCUUCCAAGAGAUCGCCCUCCUGAAAGCUGUCCUGGCCGCCGGGCUCUACGACAACGUGGGGCGGAUCAUCUGCGCGAAGUCAGUCGAUGUCACGGAGAGACUGGCCUGCGUCGUGGAGACCGCCCAAGGCAAAGCGCAGGUGCACCCGUCCUCGGUGAACCGGGCCCUGCAGACGCACGGCUGGCUCCUGUACCAGGAGAAGGUGCGGUACGCCAGGGUGUACCUGCGGGAGACCACCCUGAUCUCCCCGUUCCCGGUGCUGCUCUUCGGCGGCGACAUAGAGGUUCAGCACCGCGAGCGCCUGCUCUCCGUGGACGGAUGGAUCUACUUCCAGGCCCCCGUGAAGAUUGCCGUCAUUUUCAAGCAGCUCCGGGUGCUCAUCGAUUCUGUCCUCAGGAAGAAGCUUGAAAACCCCAAGAUGUCCCUUGAGAACGACAAGAUUCUGCAGAUCAUCACAGAGCUGAUCAAGACGGAGAACAGCAACUGAGCCCGGCCUGCGGGCCGCCGCUUCGAGAACACGGGUGACGGCGCGGGCGAGGGCUCACGUGCCCGUGGGCCUUCCGGCGAAGCCUCUUCCUUCCCGGCGGGGCCGGCCCAGCGGCAGCGGGGAGCGCCCUCCUCACGCACGCACGUGUGACGCCCUGCUUCCUCCCCAGCGACGGUGUCACUCAGCGCGUCUGCCGCCGCCGCGCUCCCAGCAAGUCCUUGGGGGCGCCCCGCUGCGCGCACCCCGCUGUGCCUUCCGGGCGGGGCCUGCUCUGCAGCGUCCGUGACUGGGUGCUGGGAGUCCCCCUGCACCCACCUUCCCCCCACACCCCCCAGCGCCAGCCCCUGGUGCCCGGAGAGCUGACCCCUCCCUGGUGCGGAGAGGAGGCGGCCCCAGACCGGCCGCAGGCAGACCCGUGAGCUGGUGCCGCUGUAGGAGUCGGCCCCCGGCCCCCGGCCCCCCCAGCCCAGACCCGAGCAGCCCCUCGCGUCCUUGGCCGCAGGCCUGCGCCCGAAGGUGCCUGCGCCCGAAGGUGCCAGCGCCGCGCAGUCGGCAGCACUGGCUCGGAGCGCACAGUAGGUACUCGGUAUUUCUUGACGAAUAAAGAACUUUUAUUACCUACUUAA